UCACUCUCCACCAGAUCUAAAAUCCAAUCAGUAAAGUAAACCCUACAAGCCAUCUCCGGUAACCUUCUCCGAUCAAAAUCGAUGACGCUCCACGCGGCGGUAAUCCAGAAGCUUCUCAACACGGGCUCCCACCUCGGCCGCCGCGCCGCCGAGCACCAUUUCAAGCAGUACGCCUACGGGACACGCAACGGGAUGACCAUCAUCGACUCGGACAAAACCCUGAUCUGCCUCCGCAGCGCCGCUAACUUCGUGGCCAACCUCGCUCACAUGAAAGGGAACAUCUUAUUCGUCAACACGAACCCGCUCUUCGACGAGAUCGUCGAGCUCACCUCGCGCCGCAUCCAGGGCGACGCGUACAACCACAACCGCUCGACGAACCUCUGGAAGAUGGGAGGGUUCCUGACCAACAGCUACAGCCCCAAGAAGUUCCGGUCCAGGCACAAGAAGCUUUGCUUUGGGCCGACGACGAUGCCUGAUUGUGUGGUUGUGUUUGAUACCGAGAGGAAGAGCUCGGUGAUACUUGAGGCGGCGAAGCUUCAGAUUCCGGUGGUGGCGAUCGUGGAUCCGAAUGUGCCGUUGGAGUUCUUUGAGAAGAUUACGUAUCCUGUGCCGGCACGUGACUCGGUGAAGUUUGUGUAUUUGUUUUGUAAUGUGAUCACUAAGUGCUUUGUGGCGGAGCAGAUGAAGAUGGGGAUUAAUGAUGGGAGUAUGGAUGAUGUGGUCAAGGACUUGGCUGAAUGAUUUGGUUAUUAUUGGUAACAAAGUUUGAAACUUUUUUUUAUAGUUAAUGGAAUAAUUGUUCUUCAGAAACUGAGAUUCUGAGUGUUUUUUUUUUUGUACACAAUUGGAUGAUUUUUGCUCGUAAUAUUGUUGGUCCCCACUGUGGAAGAUUGUUCAUUUCUUGGAAUGUUAUAUAUAUUAUUUGUAAGAAA